AUGGCCAAGUUCAGGGUGAGGGUGUCCACCGGGGCGGCCUUCGGGGCUGGCACGUGGGACAAAGUGACUGUCAGCCUUGUGGGAACCAAGGGAGAGAGCCCCCCACUGCCCCUGGACCAUUUCGGAAAGGAGUUCUCUGCGGGCGCUGAGGAGGACUUCGAGGUGACACUCCCCCAGGACGUGGGCCAGGUGCUGCUGCUGCGCGUGCACAAGGCACCCCUGGCGCUGCCUUGCCCGCUUGGGCCCCUGGCCCCGGACGCCUGGUUCUGCCGCUGGCUCCAGCUCAGGCCACCGACCGAUGCCCCUCUCCUCUUCCCCUGCUACCAGUGGCUGGAGGGGGCGGGGAGCCUGGUGCUGUGGAAGGGGGCAGCCAAGGUCCCAGGAGAGGACGACCACCCCAUACUCCAACAACAGCGCAGGGAGGAGCUGCAGGCCAGGCAGCACAAGUACCGCUGGAAGACAUACAUCCCAGGUUGGCCUCACUGCCUGGACGAGAAGACUGUGAAAGACCUGGACCUCAACAUCAAGUACUCCACAGUCAAGAACACCAACCUUUACCUUGAAGGCAGCUCUGCGUUUGCAGAGCUGAGGAUCAAGGGGUUGCUGGACCGCAAGGGGCCCUGGAGGAGUCUGAAGGAGAUGAAAAGAAUAUUCAACUUCCAAAAGACGCCUGCAGCUGAGUACGUGUUUGAGCACUGGCAGGAGGACGCCUUCUUCGCCUCCCAGUUCCUGAACGGCCUCAACCCCGUCCUGAUCCGCCGCUGUCGCCGCCUCCCAGAGAACUUCCCAGUCACUGAUGCCAUGGUGGCCCCGGUGCUGGGCCCUGGGACCAGUCUGCAGGCUGAGCUGGAGAGGGGCUCCCUGUUCUUGGUGGAUCAUGGCAUCCUUUCUGGCAUCCAGACCAACGUCAUUAACGGAAGACCUCAGUUCUCUGCGGCCCCAAUGACCCUACUAUACCAGCGCCCAGGGUGCGGGCCCCUGCUGCCCCUCGCCAUCCAGGUCUGCAGCAGGGCAGGGGCAGGGCGCCAGACCCCUGGGCCCAACAGUCCCAUCUUCCUGCCCACCGAUGACAAGUGGGACUGGCUGCUGGCCCAGACCUGGGUGCGCAAUGCCGAGUUCUCUGUCCACGAGGCCAUCACACACCUGCUGCACGAGCACCUGCUGCCCGAGGUCUUCACUCUGGCCACACUACGCCAGCUGCCCCCCUGCCACCCACUCUUCAAGCUGUUGAUCCCACACACGCGGUUCACACUGCACAUCAACACGCUCGCCCGAGAGCUGCUCAUCGCCCCCGGGCAGGUGGUGGACAGGUCCACAGGCCUUGGCAUCGGCGGCUUCUCCGAGCUCAUACAGAGGAACAUGGAACAGCUGGACUACUCGGUCCUGUGUCUGCCCAAGGACAUCCAGACCCGAGGGGUUGCAGACAUCCCAGGCUACUACUACCGGGACGAUGGGAUGCAGAUCUGGGGUGCAGUGGAGCGCUUUGUCUCGGAAAUAAUCCACAUCUACUACCCGAGUGACGUGUCUGUCCGCGAUGACAGAGAGCUCCAGGCCUGGGUGCGAGAGAUCUUCUCCGAGGGCUUCCUAGGUUGGGACAGCACAGGUAUCCCGUCCUCGUUGGAGACCCGGGACGCCCUGGUGUGCUACGUCACCAUGGUGAUAUUCAACUGCUCAGCCAAGCACUCUGCUGUCAGCGCAGGGCAGUUUGAUUCCUGUGCUUGGAUGCCCAACCUGCCGCCCACCAUGCAGCUGCCACCGCCCACCUCCAAAGGCCAGGCAAAGCCCGAGGGCUUCAUAGCCACCCUCCCCCCAGUCAAUGCCACGUGUGAUAUCGUCAUUGCCCUUUGGUUGCUGAGCAAGGAGCCUGGAGACCGAAGACCUCUGGGCACCUACCCCGACGAGCACUUCACCGAGGAGGCCCCACGGCGGAGCAUCGCUGCCUUCCAGAGCCGCCUGGCCCAGAUCUCGAGGAACAUCCGGGAGCGGAACCGGGGCCUGGCACUGCCCUACUCAUACCUGGACCCUCCCCUCAUCGAGAACAGUGUGUCCAUCUGA